AUGCCACCUGAAAAGUCCGUUGGAAGUACCAUUACAAUUACUCAUGCACCCGACGCCACCGUCCAGUCACGUUCAACUCUAAUCAACGAUCCGUAUACCGGAGAACCAAAAGCGCGGCUAGUUCCUGACCACCCCAGCGCACUUGAAUCUCCGUUCUUAUUGUUCGAAGGCUGUGGCACAGAUAUGGCCACACAGGAAAAGUUCUGGUCGCAUGUAGCGAGGAUUCGGGAGCUACAAAGCGAGGUUGCUAGGAUGCAUAUUGCUAUGGAGUCCAUUGGUAGACAGCCUGAGCCCCAGCCUCCGACGAAAGAAAAGGAAAAGGAAAAAGACAAGGAUAAACCCCGUAAAUUCCGUGGGCAGACGUCGGGUCGUGCUGGGACGAGCGCCGGGACUGAUCAAGAAGCGGGUCAGAGCGCGAGCGAUACCGACCAUGCCGGUAGUGGAAAGGACACUCGUCAGGGAAAUAAAGCAACAACUGUGCUUGCAACACCAGGCCUCGAUACUAGUGAACACUUUGCCAAGCGCAAAGACGCCAUCCAAGACAUCAUGAAAAAGCUCUCUGAACUCUCCCAGCAAAUCUCUGAUUUUCACCAACUCCCAACUCCUGAGAUUACUUUUCCUAUUUCCCCUGCUCGGCAACAAACGUUGCCGGCCGCACCUCAGACGCCACCGAAACCCUCGAUGCUCACUGUGCCGCCACCCACCCAUCCAGGACUAGUACAUCACCCUAAAACACGCCCCUCGCCGUCCACUCUACAUGGCACCCUUGCUAGGCAGUCAAACCCAACCUGCCACUCCAUCUAA